AUGCCUAUAGUUAUCAAAGAUUUCGAGUGGAAGCAAUCAGAAGAGCAACUUUCCAUUGAAGUGCCCCUUCAUGGAGUGCCUCCCAAUAAAGUGGAUGUAUUCACCGCGCCCCAAUAUCUAAAGCUAACUUUCCACCCGUUUUUCUUCGAAGUGAUUCUACUAAAUCCAAUCGAUAUCUCGCAAAGCACUUGCACGAAAACCUCCACGCAUGUUGUUUUUGAGUUGAGGAAAUUGUGCAGUGCCCUUUGGGACACUCUGGAAGUGCAGAAUCUUUCCAAGAAGGAAAAAAAUCAGCUGAAGUUGAGGCUGAUUGAAGAAGAGCACGCUCGGUUGCAAAAAGAGCGUGAAGAGAAAAGGACCAAAAAAGCCGAACUGAAAAGAGUCGCGAUAAAUGAGCUAAUUCAAGUGGAUACGCGAGAACGGAGGAGAAUCGAAGAAAACCGAAAGGCUGAAGAAUCCAAAGCGCUCGGCGAUAUCAAUGAGUGGAAAUUGGAUGUGGAGCGACGUCCCAAACAAACAAGUGCAAGUUCCCGAAUUAACUCCCCUAAAGUUCCCCCAAAGAAAAAAGUUCCUGAACUAACCCCAAUUCCAAAACCACGCAGUUCGCGCACUCUUCAGAUUCUCUUCACUCCCAGGGAAUUUCCCACGCCGUCUAGAGAGUCGCUUUUGGAGGAAGAAAAUGAGUUUCUCUCCAAGCAGGCCGAAGCGCGAAGAACUGCCGGAUUCGUUGACGAAGAUUUGCGCCCGGAGGAGAAAAACCCUCAAUAUCUACUAGCCAGAGCAGCCGAAUUUAUGAGCAAUAAGAACUACUUGGGCGCAAUUAGUGCGCUAAGUUUCGGCAUCAAGCUGCGCCCGAAGUUUGUGGAUUUAUUCCUAGCCAGAUCUGAAUCUCACUUGAAAGCCGGCAAUUUCAGCAGAGCCGUGGAUGACUGCACAAGCGCCUUGGACUUGUACAAGCCAGUGAGUGCGGUAAAUUUGCAUGAACGCGCUUUGUGUCUUGGAAGAAGAGGCGUUGGGCUGUACGAGUUGGGAUUUGGCAAACAAGGAAUUUCCGAACUGGAAGCCAGUCUUAAGCUUGAGCCAGAUGGGGAAUUUAAAACCCUUCUUCAAGAGUACCGAGAUAAACUGAAGGAGAUGGAAGCACGAGACGCGGAAAAGACGCAAAGCAAAGCGAACUAAUAUCGACCAAAACUGGGGUUUUUAAUAACAGUUUAGUCACUAUUUACAGCCAUUUCCGUCGCUCACAUCUGCGAAAACAUGUAUCGAUAGAUUAGUUUAUUAAAAACCAUAACACUUCA